CUCAGUGAAACAAAUAUCUGUCUCUGACGCCCUCUCGGGGGCGGUGCCAUAGAUCUCCAAUGGAUGCGCCACACCAGGGCUGCAGAACCUUCGAGUUUCGCUUGGACACCCUGGCAGUAUGGCCAGGCCAUCCAGGCUUGUCGAAGGACGCUUGCCUGGCCUGCCGCCUGCAGCUUCUUGGCGGAGGCGUGCAGCCUUCGCCUGGGCAACAUCCUCCUCUUCAGCAGCUGCCUCCGUGCCACGAGCGCGGCCGAUCGCUGGGUCCAAGCCGCUCAGCUCCUCGCGCGCGUCGACGGUCUCCAGCUGCGUGGCGAUGGCAUCCUCUUCAAUGCGGCCCUUCAGGGACCCUGGGAGGCUGCUCUUGGCCACUUGCGGAGAUUGGAGGGGGCAAACAUGGCCCAAGUGACCUCUUACAACACUGGGAUCAGUCUCUGCCGCGGCCAUUGGUGUCACCAAAGGGCCUUGCUGAAGACGACCCAGACGCGCUCCAUCCAAGCUGACGUCAUCACCUACAACGGCCUGGCGACGGCCGAGGGCCUUCCUUGGCGAAAGGCACUACGUGGCUUGGAGGACUCUGCUCUUCAACACCUGAAGGCGACCGUGGUGAGCCUCAACAGCGUGCUCAGCGCGAUGAGCUUGGCAUCUUGGUCAUUGCCUCUGCAGAUCUUCAGGACCUUGAAGCGUCUCAACUCGCUUAAGCCGGAUGUGAUCUCCUACACGGCCCUCGUGUCUCACAUGGCUGGUAUGGCGGACGGCGUCGCGCGGUGGUGGAUGAGUGUCAGACUUCUGCAAGAGCUGCGACAGCAAGGGCUUUCGCCGAACCGCGUGAGCCUCAAUAGCCUCAUGGCGACCCUCCCGUGGCUCGUGGCACUGACAUCGGUCUUGGCCAUUGACGGUCCCGGAGCCGCAAAUCCGGCAGCCGACGUGGUGAGCUGCAACACGGCGAUGGAUGCAUGCGCGAAAGCAGCACAGUGGGGCAGAGCCUUUGAACUGAAAGAGCAGAUGGGCUUGAACGCCUUGAAGACGGACGUCAUCACCUCGAGCGCUUUGCUCACGGCUUGCGAAGGAGCUGCAGUUUGGCCCACGGGUGUCAGAUGGCUCUCGGCUUCCGUGGUCACCUUCUGCGGUGCGCUGAGCCUUUUGGCCCGCCGGAGCGUGGAGCUCUGGCGCGGAGCGCUGCAGAUCUUCUCAGCUCACAAGGCCGAGCUGCUGCGGCCCAACUGCUAUGCCUACAGCGCGAUGGCGAGCUCUUUAGGAGCCCAGGGAGCCUGGAAAGGGGUAUUUCUGCUGCUGGCGAGCUUUAAAGCAUCGCUCCGCCUGCCGCUCCGCCGGGUCCGCGACCCCGACGCCUUCCGCUUCCGCCGCAGCCCCGACCGAGGCGCCCAACCUCGUCGCCUACUGUGCCGUGAUGGGCGCCACGUCCUCCGCGUCGCGCACGCCGCGCCCUCCGCACGCGUGGCGCCGCGCGGUGCAGCUCUACGCGGCGCUCCAGUGGGCGCGCGUGGGUGCUUUGAGCGCCUGCAGCACGGUGUGCGGCGCGCUGGAGGCGGAGAGGAGCGCGAGGAGCACCAGCUCGGCGGAGCUCUGGGUGGAGUUGCAGAGGAGAGCGCUCAGUGUGCUGAAGCGGAGUGAAAA